AUUUUUUAAGAGCCAAACAGUUACAGUAAUCAAUCUAUUCGCAAUUUUAAUUUAGUAAAUAAUUUCGCUAAUGUACUUUCGAAAUUUUAUGUUAAUAUUUUUGCACAAAAGCCACUCAGAAAGUUAUGUACGAUUAUGCAAAAAACAGCGGCAAAAUGGGAAUUAUGCAAUUCAAAUGUCUAAUUUGGCCAGAAUUAUACACUAAAAUCGAAAAUUCGCAAUAGUGCUACCGAUGAUUACAAAAAAGUAACAACUCACUGAACGACAACUGGCAAAAUGAUGGCGUCGGUCGGCUUCCUGGUAUCCUGUCGGGUUGGUUCGGAAACCAGGAGCGCCAUGUAACAGCAGCCGGUUUGACUGCUGUUCUAGUGGGUUGGUUAAUCCACCUUACCACGAUCUGUCGGCUGUUAGUGUGGGAAAGGCUGGCACGGUCGGCAGCGAUGCUGACCGGAAGCUGACUACCGUUUACAUGGUGGCAAUGAUGGGAGAUGCACGAUCAUCCCAUGGCGAUUACGCAACACAACACAAGGUCAUCGCAUGAGUUUAUUAGCAAGUACACUAGCAAGAUUCGGCGAGCAACGCAAGCUGAGGAGCAAGACGCAUAAGCGUUGAGCAAGAAGCGCGGAAGGCGCGUUAGCAAGAUUCGGAGCAAGCUGCAGCAAGACUAAUUUCAAGAUGUUUCUGACCGUGAGAUGCGGUCGGUGAAAGUAGGAAAACUAGGAUUCUGAUCCUCAUAACACAACAACCAAUAAACGGUAGAGAAAGGCAAUUAACACUCCUACUGGCGGUACAUCUAAUUUCUAUCGCUACAAUAUUAUUAUGCCUGAUCAUGACAGCCCUGGUGCGGUGUGCCAAGAAGACGAUCCCCUCCUUCAUCCCGAUCGCAGUACAGGGAGAUUGCGCAAGCAGGAUGUCUAUCUAAUUGGGAUGAUGUUCGUGGUUAACUACUGCAAUUUUGUCUGCUUUUCCUUGAUAGCGCCAUUCUUCCCUAAAGAGGUUGUUACAAAAGGAGGAACACAAGCGCUGGCCUCAUGGAUUUUUGGCUGCUACCAGUUGGUGGUCUUUUUAGUGUGUCCGCAAGUCGGCAAGCAUGUCAGCCACCUGGGAACGACAUUCCUGUUUGUCGCGGGAACAUUCGUAACCGGCACCGCCUGUGCGCUCUUCGGAUUGUUAUCGAUGGUAGAGGAUUUUCAUGCGUUUAUCGCACUGGCUUUUGCCAUCCGCAUCGUCGAGGGCGUCGGGGCCGGUGCCUACCUGACCGCGUCAUUCUGCAUCGCGGCAACUGAAUAUCCAGCUAGAAUGGCUUUUGUACAGGGUCUGCUGGAAACAGCGAGCGGCUUGGGGUUGAGUACCGGACCGACAAUUGGCGGUGCGUUAUAUACCGCGGGCGGCUACUGGAUGCCUUUCGCUGUCGUAGGAAGCAUUCUUGUAAUUACGGGACUGCUCUCUACAUUUGCGUUGCAAAUGCACUCUAGAUCUCGAAAUGAUUCUCGUGCCCACCGGAAGGUAAUCAACCAUGCAUCCGGAUCCCUGUGGGAUCUGCUCAGGAUUCCUGAUGUACUCGUUUCCGGUAUGACAAUUGUCUGCGGUGCUAUGUCCAUUGGAUUCUACGAGCCAUCUCUGGAAUUGCAUAUUGAUAAGUUUCUGAGUUCACCUUUCGAAGUGGGAUUGGUCUUUCUCGCAUCAGCCGGAUCCUACGCUCUAUUUUCGCCUCUGUGGGGCGCAGCGGCGGACCGGAUGAAGCAGCCAAAGAAUCUCAUGAUCUGUGGAAGCUGUAUUGUGUCCACUGCCUUGGUACUCAUGGGACCGGCUCCGUUUCUUGGUGUCAAAACGAAAUUAUGGAUCGUCAUAUUGGCACUCUUGUUACAUGGGAUCGGGGUUGGCGGUCAGCUGGUGCCGCCUCUGCGGGAUAUGUUGACCGCAGCAUUGAGAAACGGUUUCCGAGAUGAUGUGAAUACACACGGUCUGGGAUCGGGAUUAUUUGCGUCCGCAUUCUCAUUAGGCGCUUUUCUCGGUCCGUUAAUUGGUGGUUCGCUAAUUGAUGUGAUAUCCUUUGAGUGGUCGGCCUUUCUGAUCAGCUGUAUAAAUGCAUCUGUAGCAGUGAUACUCCUUAUGAUAGUUUUUCUGCGGCACCGUGCAGCGCAUAAUUGUCAGAGUGCUAAUAAUUUUUAGAUGAGAAUAAUGAUUCGGCCGUUCAUACUGGUUCGGGUUAUGGCUCAAUAACAGCCUGAAUUUUGAAGUGAAUGAUAAAA